GGAGCUGGGUAGGAAGUCCGGGCAGGCGGCUUGGAGACCAGCGUCCAGCCCUCGGAGCGCUAAGACCUUGCGGCUUAUCCUCCUCGGUGUCUGCGGCAUCCUCUACUUCUUUCCCGGGCAGCGCUAUCCGGCCGUCAGAAAGUCACCAUGUCUAUUCUCAAGAUCCACGCCAGAGAGAUCUUCGACUCUCGUGGGAACCCCACCGUUGAGGUGGACCUCUAUACCUCCAAAGGUCUCUUCAGAGCUGCUGUGCCCAGCGGGGCCUCAACUGGUAUCUAUGAGGCCCUCGAGCUCCGGGACAAUGACAAGACACGCUACAUGGGGAAAGGUGUCUCAAAGGCUGUUGAGCACAUCAAUAAAACUAUUGCACCUGCCCUGAUUAGCAAGAAACUGAGCGUCGUGGAGCAGGAGAAGAUUGACCAGCUGAUGAUCGAGAUGGACGGGACGGAGAAUAAGUCUAAAUUUGGUGCAAACGCCAUCCUGGGAGUGUCCCUGGCCGUCUGCAAGGCCGGGGCCGUCGAGAAAGGGGUGCCCCUGUACCGCCACAUUGCCGACCUGGCUGGCAAUUCUGAAGUCAUCCUGCCAGUUCCGGCUUUCAACGUCAUCAACGGCGGGUCUCAUGCCGGCAACAAGCUGGCCAUGCAGGAGUUCAUGAUCCUCCCCGUCGGCGCGGCCAACUUCAAGGAGGCCAUGCGCAUCGGGGCGGAGGUUUACCACAACCUGAAGAACGUCAUCAAGGAGAAAUACGGGAAAGACGCCACCAACGUGGGGGAUGAAGGCGGCUUCGCUCCUAACAUCCUGGAGAAUAAAGAAGCUCUGGAGCUGCUGAAGAACGCCAUCGGGAAGGCCGGCUACACCGACAAGGUCGUCAUCGGCAUGGACGUCGCCGCUUCGGAGUUCUACAGGUCGGGGAAGUACGACCUGGACUUCAAGUCUCCCGAUGACCCCAGCAGGUACAUCAGCCCCGACGAGCUGGGCAACCUGUACAAGUCCUUCAUCAGGGACUACCCAGUGGUGUCUAUCGAAGAUCCCUUUGACCAGGACGACUGGGAAGCGUGGCAGAAGUUCACCGCCAGCGCCGGGAUCCAGGUGGUGGGGGAUGACCUCACCGUGACCAACCCGAAGCGGAUCUCCAAGGCUGUGAGCGAGCGAUCCUGCAACUGCCUCCUGCUCAAAGUGAACCAGAUCGGCUCCGUGACUGAGUCCCUUCAGGCGUGCAAGCUGGCCCAGUCCAAUGGCUGGGGCGUCAUGGUGUCACAUCGCUCUGGGGAGACUGAGGACACCUUCAUCGCUGACCUGGUGGUGGGACUCUGCACCGGGCAGAUCAAGACAGGUGCGCCUUGCCGAUCUGAGCGCCUGGCCAAAUACAACCAGAUCCUCAGAAUUGAAGAGGAGCUGGGCAGCAAGGCCAAGUUCGCUGGCAGAAGCUUCAGAAACCCCCUCGCCAAGUAAGCUCUGGGCAGCGCACCCUGAGCUCUGCGGUCCUGAGUCGGCUCAUUAGUCUGCUCCUGGCACCCCCUGGGCAACUCAGGCCCCCACCCGGCGCUGGCAGGAGCCUCUGCUAGUCAGCUGCCCUCUCCCGUCCCUGUGAUGAUCUCACUGCUUCCUCAGAGCCGCCACAGAACCAUCUGGAACCCUGCCGGCAACCCUAGCUCUGUAAUCACGUGAUCGGCCCAGAUCAGUGCUUUCUCGCCUCACUUCCCACCAACUAUCUGGAGCCGCGUCUGUCUACAUUGUCAUCUCGAGGUGUCCACAGGCGAGAUCCCCAGUGGUUUUAUUUGCAGAAUAAAAAGGCCUCAGUGACCCAUGGGAA